CUACCCUCCGGGGCCGGCCUUUGUGCCCCAAACCGCGCCCUUUGCGUGGUGCAUCGUGGUGCCAUGGCGACGCUGCACGGCUUGUUUGAGCAGCAGGUUCCCAAGGCGCCUUCAAAGGUUGCGGUGCAAUGGCGGGAAGCUUCGCUGUCUUACGCGGAGUUGGAUCGUUGUGCCGACGCGAUGGCCGGGCGCCUCUGCAGAGAAGGCGCCAGGCGUGGGGAAAUUGUGGGCCUGAUGCUGGACCGGAGCUUGGAGAUGGUGGUGGCUAUCAUCGGCUGCCUGAAGUCCGGGGCCGCAUAUGUUACUCUUCUCCCCACCUGGCCCGCACAGCAACGCCUGGAGAUACUGCGAGAGGCCGAGAGCCGCAUCCUCAUCCUGCAGAGCAGCUUCCACGAGGACUUGGCAGCCUUUGACGGCGCAAAGCUCACCUUCGAUGACUGCAGGCUGUCGGAGCCCAGUACAAGCCGAGUGCCUGUCGAAGCCACGGAUCUCGCAUAUAUCAUCUACACAUCUGGCAGCACGGGUAAACCCAAGGGUGUCAUGAUGCACCACGGAGGCACCGCUAACAAUAUUGCUUGCAAUGCCCAUCUGUCUUGCAGCGAGGCCUCACGCUGCUGCUUUUCGAACAAGUACUCUUUUGAUGUCCAUGUCGCGGACAUCUUUAAGCCACUGUCCGUGGGAGCCACUGUAGUCGUCACACGCGAUAUCUUCCGGAUCCCUCCGGUCGACGUGGUGUCGACCUUGCCGAACAAGAUCGCAAUGGCUAAGGUGCCGAAGUCUCUCAGAACGAUCAUCUUCACUGGGGAAGGCAUCACUGAAGCUUGCAUUCGCCCUGUGCCAGUGACAACCCAAGUCUUGAACAUCUAUGGUGCCACCGAAUUUUUUGAUGCAACGCUGAAGCGUAUCGAUAGGUCCACAUUCCCUGCAAGGAUUCAGUCGAUGGGGAAACCUUUGGGCGAUUACGUCCAGCUUUGGGUAAUGGAUCCAGAGACUCGUCAGCAGAAGCCUUGCGAAGAGCCUGGGGAGCUUGUCGUUGGGGGUUUUCAAGUGGCUAAAGGCUACAUCAAGCGCCCAGAGCUCACGGCCUUCAAGUUCUUCCCGGAUCCGUGGACUGCAUCUCCGGCCUACCGCACCGGAGACUUGGUGCGCUGCUGCCAGGACGGGGAGUUUGAGUAUUUGGGUCGAGUGGAGCACCGGGUGGAGGUGCGCGGCACCCGCAUCGACCUGAGCAGUGUGGAGGACGCGCUGGCGGCAGUGCCCGGAGUGACCAGCGCAGCGGCGGUGGUCAGAGGCGACCCGCCCCGGCUCCUGGCCUACGUCAGCCCCAGAGCUGCCCAAGCAGAAGCGCAGGAAGCCGCGCGCAGCAUGCGGCACCUGGCGCCGGAUGUCAUCAUCGCCGUGGAGGAGUGGCCACGCACCAGCAGCGGCAAAAUCGACAAGAACCGCUUGCAUGAGUUGGAUGCGACCGGAGUCCUAGCAGGAAGUGAGGGAUCGAGCCCCAAAGCAAAGCGGGCGCAGCGAAUGUUUCACGAUGAGGUCACGGACGAGACUGGACCGGGCAAUGAGAGCGAUGUAGAUGCGGAUGUUGAUGCGGACUUCCAAGGCGUAGCCAGAUGCCAGGAACUUGCACGUUUUGCGGUGGAACAAGCUGCGCUUUGUGAUGGCCUCCCCCGUGCUGUCCAAGUCCAGGCCUACCGGACAGGCCUGGUGGUCUUUAACCAGGCUCUACCAGGGACUCCAGAAUUACCUCCUUUGUCCCUGGUCCCGUCACCCGUCCCCAGCGGCCAGCUUCAGCACCUCCAGUUGUUGGCCCCCAUCUUCAGCCGGCUCGUGGACCGCGUGUCCUGUGAUCUGCGGUGGUUGACGAAGUGUUUGGCUCCUGUCAGCGACCCCUGGCUGUGUCGGCUUCUGGGUAUGGCCCAGGAGGUCUAUGGCCCCGGCGGCAAGGAUCCCGCAGCCCAGCCCCGGCUGCUGCUGAUGCGCCAGGACUACUUGCUCGGCGGCGACGGCCGCUAUCGGCAAGUGGAGAUCAACACCAUCGCAGUGGCCUUUGCCGGGUUUACCGAGCAGCUUUCCCUGGUGCAUCAGCACACACUGGCCGAGGCCAAGCUUGCAUUGUCCGAUGCCUGGCCUCUUGAAGACAACACCCCCAGCACGGACUACGCUGCCGCCCUAGCUGCCGCACACAACGAAUACAUGAAGCGAUUUGGUUCUGACAACGGCCAUGCUCCUCGUGUUUGCUUCUAUUGCUUUCCGGACGACUUUUUGGAGAUGGACCAGUGCCAUAUCGAAAGCGCCCUUCGCCGACUGAAGGUGCCCACUUUCAGGGCCUUCUUAGGAGCUAAGGUGACCUUGGGUGAUGCGAGCACGGGCGGCACGCUGUUGAUUGAUGGUGUGGAGGCCUCCGUUGUUUUUCUCCACUGCACGUUCUGUCCAGAGCACUUUGCGCAUGAAGGGGAGUGGCACUCCCGAAAGCUCAUGGAGCUCUCUCGAGCAAUCAAAGUGCCAUCUCUUCUGGGGCACCUUGCAGGGGCUAAGCGGGUGCAACAAGCUCUGUCACGCUGGGAAGAGCUGAGCCGCUUCCUGCCGCCAGAGGAUGCUGGUCGCUGCAUGUCGGUUUUUGUGGCCCAAUAUGAUCCGUCACAACCAGCUUCGGCUGGCGCAGUGGAGAAUGCAUUGGAGAGGCCGGAACGUUGGGUGCUGAAGCCCCAGCGCGAGGGAGGCGGCAAUAACUUUUUUGGCGCUGCCUUGGCUGAACAGCUUCGUGGCAAUGACCUCAGCCAGUUUGUGCUCAUGGAGAAGAUUGUCUCCCCCAGUAUGCCAGCCAUGCUGCUGAAGGCCGGUGUGGCGACGUCCGUGGAGGCCGUCUCGGAGCUCGGGAUCUUCUCCGCCCAUUUGGCCGUGGAUCAUGAGAUCCUCAGCACGGUGGGGGGCGCCAUGCUGCGCACCAAGGCGUCAUCCUCCGAGGAAGGUGGUGUUUGCGCCGGCCACGGUGCCAUCGACACGCCGCUGGUGGUCAGUGAAGUUGGAGGGCAAGGUGGUGCCCAUGCUGGCCAAAUCCCAGCGGAGAAGUGCCUCCUGUUGGUGUGUGGUUUGCCUGGCAGCGGGAAGACUCAGUUCUGCAAGGCGCUAGCAGACAGCGCAGCGAAGUUCUUCCUCGUGACCACAUGGCAUCACCUGAGCUACGACUCGCCCUCACGAACUGAAAGGGAGACGAUUUCCAAUCGGGUUGACGCGCUGCUCACGGCACCAGGCUCUGCUGCAAUUCUGUUGGACGACAACAUGUACUCAAGCAUCACACGCGCGCACUGGGCUCAGGUCGCCAUAGACAAGAACUGCGCAUUUCAUCAACUUUUUCUGAAGGCUCCGCUGGACCUUUGCUUGGAGCGGAACUCGCUGCGACCCAGCGCCGUUCCUGACUUUUCGAUUCGAUACAUGGCUGAGGUCUUUGAAUGGCCACAAGACGGCACAUGGGAAGGCCAACACAGCAUGAUGCUCAAUGCCCAAGAGACUGCCAGCCAGCAGGUGGAUAGCUUCUUGCAUCAUCUUCCCGCGGCCAAGUUUUGGGAGAGAGUUCGGCCUCCUGACACAGCCCUGCCUCGAAAAGAUGCUCACAACAUGGACCUGGACCUCCGGAAGAUUGUGUCCUUGGCCCUGAAGGAUGCGAAACUGCCAAAGCUGGCCAUGCCCGUCCUGGCCAAGCAGUGGAGCACCCGCAAGGCAGCCCUGGUGGCGGAGUCGCAGGCCAAGGCCAGCGCGGCAGAUACCUCAGCGCUGCGCCACGAGAUGGUCGAGACCUUCCUGCGGUCCUGCAUGGCCGACGUGAGUGCUGCCAGCGCAGCAAGCCCAUCCAAGCAAGAUGGGCCAGACAAGGACCUUGACAAGGAGGAGGUAUCGGUGCUGGGGCCACCAUUUCGGUGGCUACCAGCAGAGUGUGGCUGUUACUUCACUGACAACAUCUACGCAAGACUUGUGGAUGCAUAUUUUAAGGUGCUCAACCCAGAGAUGGAAGCGGCUGAAUUCUGGAAGGUCAACGACAGGGAGUACGAUGCAGCCACCCGCAGUCAGAUCUUUGCCGAGGCCGUGAACACAGCAAAGAGGAGGAAGGAGGCGCCACAGGUCUUUCGAAAGAACCUGAGCACGGUGCUCAAGCAAUACCGGCCAAAGCACCCAGAGCUUUUCCUUCGAAAAGCGGACGUGAGGGUUCCCUUCCCCCCGAGUCAGGCGGCGGAAGUCUUCAAGUCAGGUUUUUUGGAGAUUUGGGAGCAGGCCAGGGGGGGCAAAGAGCUGGGAGCGAAGCACGUCCACGACAGUUGCCAUGAGUGUCCCUUCCUUUCAGAUGCCUUUGUGGAACAGCUGAAGGCCGAGCUGCGGCAUUUCAAAGAGCAGAAGCUGCCACACCAGCAGCCGAACAGCAUGAACAGGAAUGGAUGCAUUCUCAACGAGAUUGGUUUGGGCCCCUUAAUGGAUCGAAUGAUCUAUGUCUACCUGAUGCCGGUGUGCCGUGCUCUGUAUCCAGAUCUGCUACCUGGGGUCGAUUCACAUCACUCGUUCAUCGUAGAAUAUGGCCCAAACAUGGAUACCAACCUCGGAGUCCAUGAUGACAACUCCGAGGUCACCAUCAAUGUGUCUUUGAGCCAGGAUUAUUCAGGAGGCGAGCUGGUAUUGUACCACCGCGCGAGAGUUGCGCAUCCGCAAAAGCUGGAGAAAAAGCCGUACUAUCACCGGACAACUCAUGGCACCAUGCUCCUGCACCCUGGUGAGCUCUUGCAUGAGGUACUCCCUGUCACGGCUGGAAAUCGUCAAGGUCUUAUCAUUUGGCUUCGCAGCGAUGCCUUCAGAAAGAAGCACGGCUGCCCACUUUGCCAAAGUACCGACCGUCUCCUUUACGCGUGAGCCAUGUGAGCCACAAGGCCAAGAGACUGUCUGUGCUGGCAUGUCUUGUGAUUUGUGCACACUUACCUGACUAAGAGAGCACAGAUUGAAGUUGGCUUCCGCUGGUGCAGCACUCACUUGUAGUUUCACGCACGCCAGCUCUA